CCCGCUCCAGUUUCUGGCGCAGCCGCGAGGAGUCGGCGUGACUCCGUGUGGACCAAACCUAGUGGAUGCAGUUAGCGUCGGAGGCUCGCACAGCCCGCCACCAGGGUUAUUCCCGCCUUGUAGGUUUGCCGGGACUUGCCGCCCCCCAGCUGCCUUCACCAGAUUUUCAGUUACUGAUGUUAAAAACGGUAAAAUAUUGGAGCAUAGAGUUGAGAAAAAGACUUAAACCAGGUUUUUCUUUAACUAGUUAAAAAUAAUGGAUCCUGAAACAGAAGGACCACAGAUUAUCAAAGUGACACCCCUUCAACAGAUAUUUGCCUCUUGUACUGGAGCUAUACUGACAUCACUAAUGGUAACACCUCUGGAUGUUGUUAAAAUUCGACUCCAAGCUCAGAACAACCCAUUCCCCAAAGGAAAAUGUUUUGUAUAUAGUAAUGGACUCAUGGAUCAUCUAUGUGUCUGUGAUGAGGGAGGUGGCAAAGCAUGGUAUAAGAAACCAGGAAAUUUCCAAGGAACAUUGGAUGCCUUUUUAAAAAUAAUUCGAAAUGAGGGCAUUAAAUCUCUGUGGAGUGGCCUUCCGCCUACCUUAGUGAUGGCAGUUCCUGCCACAGUAAUUUAUUUUACUUGCUACGAUCAAUUAACUGCUUUUCUGAGAGCUAAAUUAGGAGAAAAUGAAACCCGUAUACCAAUUGUUGCCGGAAUUGUGGCCAGAUUUGGUGCAGUAACAGUGAUAAGUCCCUUAGAAUUGAUUAGAACCAAGAUGCAGUCUAAGAAGUUUUCUUACAAGGAACUGCAUCUAUUCGUCAGCAAGAAAGUUUCUGAAGAUGGUUGGAUUUCCCUUUGGAGGGGCUGGGCUCCUACUGUUCUUAGAGAUGUAAAUUUCUCAGCAAUGUACUGGUAUAACUAUGAGAUUUUAAGGAAGUGGUUCUGUGAAAAAUAUGGUUUAUAUGAACCAACAUUUAUGAUCAACUUUGCAUCAGGGGCAUUGUCGGGUUCUUUUGCAGCUAUUGCAACUUUACCAUUUGAUGUGGUGAAAACACAAAAGCAGACACAACUUUGGAUACAUGAAAGUCACAAAAUUUCUAUGCCUUUGCAUAUGUCAACCUGGGUUAUAAUGAAGAACAUUGUUGCUAAAAAUGGAUUUUCCGGAUUAUUUACAGGCCUAAUUCCUCGCUUAAUUAAAAUCGCUCCUGCUUGUGCUGUUAUGAUCAGUACAUAUGAAUUUGGAAAGGCUUUUUUUCAAAAACAAAAUGUUCGAAGGCAGCAAUACUAAUGAUACUGUUUCAACUUGAAGUAAUACUACAGCCAAAUAAGAUGGAGAUUCUUUAGGCAAGAACUUUUUUUUCACCAUUUUUCUCUUACAAUGAUUUAUGUCUGUCUCUCCUUUAAUUUUGGUGAAUAGUAAUUUCUACUCUAAUCACAAUUCAAAUUAUAAAAUAAAUUUAAUCUAUUUUUGAAGAUAUUGAAAAAGAUAUUUUAGAAAUCACAACCAUUAAGCAUCCUUAGAAAGAAACAUUAUUCUUUAGCAGUGAAAGCAACUAUGAGCAUUCAAUGUUAUAUGUUUCAGUGUAACUUAAUCUUACUGGGAGUGUCACAUAAUUCAGAACUUUUUAAAUUGUUUGCUAAAUGAAAUGUAGAUCGAGAAGAAAAAAAGUUUAAGUUUUACACACAUUUAAAUCAUGUACAUGGAUAUUUCAGUAAAGCACAUAGUAGAAGGCAGUCAAUAAAUAGCAUUAUUCACAUUUACCAAAUAUCACCUGCUGUUUUCUUUAACUUAAGUGCAUUCACUUUUCCCCCAUUACUGUUUUAAGGCAUUACAUGCAUUAGGAUUUUUGUGAUCAAAGACAUGCCUAUUUUAUCUUUAUAAACCAAAAUGUAAUCGUAUGUGGAGAAUGGAUCCUGCCAUUUCUGAUAAAGACUCUGUAUUAUCUACUAUUUCUGCAAGUGAGGGAGUUUAUACUGAUUGUAAUAAAUGUCCACUUCAGUCAAACUUGGGUGUGCAGUAUAAAAUCCCACCAUAGAACAGUGGAGCUUUCUAGGUUAUUUCCAUUGGCUCAUUCUAACAAGGGAAAGAUCAUUUCAGAAUCACAGUAUAUUUCCAUAAUGCCCCUUGGUUUCGUGCUAUCUCACAUGAGUAUGCUAGACUAAGAGGCUAAAUAAGUUGUUUCUUUAAAUAAACUGUUUUCAGUCACAGUAUCAGACUAAGUAAUUUCACUUAUGACUGUAUGUAAGAAUGAGGUAAAAAGAUAUGAUCGAAGGACAAGAAAUUUUGUAUGUUGGGUUGUUGGGAAAGUCAUGAUGCAUUUUUUUCGAAAAACAUCUCAUGAUUUUCCCAACAACCUAAUAUUUUUGUUUUAUUUUCUUAGGAUGUAUAUUCUAUGAGAAAAAGCACUUUAUUAUAAUCUGUGUAAUUUAUGAAAAUGUGAUGCAUUCCCCCCACUAACAUACAAUAAUUUAUUUAGGUGACAAAUCUUCUUUAGUGUUGGUGAGAGAAGUAAUGUAUUUUGUACUGUAGUAGGAAAGUAUUUUUAUGUUUCACCAGAAAUAAACUAUAUAUAGUUUGUUA